UAUAAAGUUUAAAAUUCAUAAAUGUUCAACAAAUUAUUGUUGUUCUUUUUGGGAUUUGGUGCAUAAUUAAGUGGGUUUGAUGUAAAUUUCGCUGAUAAUUACUUCUUCGGACUACCAUAGCACUUGCCAUAGAAUCCGAUCACAACUCUUUCAUGGCUGAAGAACACAAAGCCCCAUACUUUCAGCAUCUCCCAGAAAUCAUUGCUCUUGGCCCACCUGUUGGAUUUAAACGGUAUGGAAAAGAAUUCUCUUCGAAAUUUAGAAUCUUAAGACCAUGGGAGUCGACACUCCCCCUGUCUGAAUUCCUCUUGGCCCAUGCCCAGAACACAAAGGCUGCUUUGUGCUCUGCUAUGUUCUCGCUGUCCGCUGCUAUCCUCGACUGCCUCCCCUCCCUCCGCUUCGUAGUCACCACCAGCGCUGGUCUUAACCAUAUUGAUCUCGCUGAGUGCCGUCGCCGCCACAUUUCUGUUGCUAAUGCCUGCACCAUCUUCUCUGCAGAAGUAGCAGAUCUCGCCGUUGGGCUUCUACUUGAUGUAAUGCGGAAAAUUUCUGCUGGAAAUCGUUUUGUGAAAAAUGGGCUCUGGCCCAAAUCAGGAGAUUACCCGCUUGGAUUUACG